GGCACAUGUACCAAGUAACAACAACUCUACCAGGGUGCAUUAAUUUCUGAAAAACAUUCGAAGAGCCGCAUCAUCACCAUUCAUCAAUUUGAUGAGCUACGUAUUUAUCUAACCUACCCACCUCCGAAACCUUUCACCACGUAUUCUCAAAGUUGCGAUCCGCAAGGAAAGAUCAUUCCCGUCCUCGAGACCUGAAUGCGGCCUCGUGCUAUUUUGAGAGAGAAAAGGUUCACUUGAACGGGAUAUUUCCUUAGGUCCCUAUUUUAUCAUUUUGCCUGUCUUGCGCAACUUCGACCUGCAGCUCGUAUCAAGAGCGCGGCGGUUACGACAAGAUCACAGCAGGUAAACUUUGGUACUACAUUUAUUUUGCCCCACACGACGUAUUCUACGCCUGUGGGCUUCAAUCUUUUUUUUCCCAUUCCUCAUCCACAGCAUCAUUAUUACUCUUUAUUGUCGCGGCCCCUUCACUAAACUGUGAUGAGCGGCGCUACCGAGGCAUCUGCCCCUAACUCCGGCCAGGGCGGUAUUGACACUCCUAGUAGCUUAUCGAGCCAAAAGCGGUUGCGCGACUAUGGAGAGCAGCUAAAAGGCUUAUCCCCAUCUGAUGAUGAAGAUCACCAGAAGGACAAUUCGUUACCAGCAUUGAAGAAACAGAAAACGGACAAUUCCGAUAGUGGUGAUGACUCAGAUCUGGAUGACGGCGAAAUAGUAGAGUCGAGUCCAAAUCCUAGUCUAGCACAUGCUCAACCUAUCGCCGAGGCUGUAGCAGAUCCCUCCAAAACACAUGCCUCUAAUACGCAUGAGCCUUCCGAGGAUGGUGAGAUUGACAGCCCCAUGGCUAAGCCUCAGGAGUCCGAUGAAUCGGACCAACCUUUCUUUAUUGACAAGACCGGGAGCAAGCCUGUUCAACAUUCAGGCUGGAACCAAGGGCUCAGUCUGGGUGCAAGAACGUCAUUUGGGAAGCCAACCGCACAUCUAUUUCCGGCAAACUCAGCUGCUAGAGAAGGACCCAUGUUGUCCUCCGCAUCUUCGCGGCGCGAUCGUAAAGACGAGGGUGCUCAAUAUGGUGGCGGUGGAAGAGAAGAUGAUGAUGACGAUGAGAGGGAUAGAGACUAUAGGCCGCCAACUGAAUCGCCUGACGAUCAGCAACCCGUCGGGUUUACCGUUGAUGGAAACACAUGGUAUCUACCUCAUCUGAGCUUUCGAGCCAAAAAGCAUUCUGUUCAUACGGCAGACUUCUCCAAUGACAGAAUCCAUACCUGGAUUAUUGCAUUUCUCGAGAGGAAUGCCAAGCUAGCUGAUCGCGUAUCUACCAAAGUGGUCCGAGAAGGAUUCAGUAGCCAUCUAAACCUUAAAAAAGCCAAUCUUUUCAAGGGCAGUAAAAAAUAUGCUGACGCUGCUACAAGUGCGGCUCAAAAGGCUAUAGAUGAUGCUAGCCUUGGGGAACUAGUCGAGAAAAAGGUUAGGCAGUUUCAAACACGGAGAGGUAGAAAUACCAAAGAAAACAAGGCCACUUCGGCCAAGGAGCUUAGCCAAGAAGAUGCUGCCCCCGUUAUAGAUAAACGAGAGGAAGUAUUAGGUGACGAAGACGAACUACGGCAACAACGAAGGUAUUUCCCGUGGGCGGAAGAUCCAACUCAGCACUGCUUGUCAUGCUCCGGAAUUGGGCAUCAUGCUCAUGAAUGUCCACAACGCAACUGUAAAUUCUGCGGGAGCCAGGAACACGCUCUGUUCGGCUGUCCCACAAAGCAGAGGUGUUCCAAAUGCCGCCAAUUAGGGCAUAGCAGCGCAAGCUGUGAGGAAAAACUUGCCCUCGCGUCGGAUGAGCAAGGCGGUUGUGCGAUAUGCGGCGCCGAGCACGCAGAAGAACGGUGCUCCGAAAUAUGGAGGAGCUUCGCCCCAAUCACUGAUUGUCAUCCGAAGGUAAAGGACGUCCCAGCGUUCUGCUACACUUGCGGCGGCGCAGGCCAUUACGGGCCAGAAUGUGGAUUGCCAGAUAGGGGAGAUAAGGUGACAGGAAAGACGACUUGGUCGCAAGCUAAUCGCCUUCUCUACAUAGACCAGAAUAGCCAGAAUAUUGCUAUCGCUUGGGUCGGCGUGGACCAAAAAGAAGAUUUCCACAUUCUUGGAAGGGCAAAAAAGCAGACACACACUCACUUCAUCUCUAGCGAAGAGUCAGAAGAAGAGCUUAUUCAUGCGCCUGUCAGAAAGGCAGAGCCUCGAAGUCAGAUUAGGAUAGCAAGCAACAUCGGAUCUUUAGGACAAAGUAGCAAUCGUCCCCGAUCGCGUCGCAAUAACGACCAGAGUUAUAGACGUCAGAACGAGAGAGAAUUCUCGCCUCCGCCUCCACCUUCGUACUCUCAAGGCAACGGUACUUCGUCUUGGCAGCCACCUCUUCCUCCAGGACCACCACCACCACCCUCUCAGAGGAACGGAUAUCAGGGUUCAUUGCCAUCCGCGCCUACAUCUCUACCUCCGCGUCCGCCAGCCUUCAAUCAAUCGCCCAGCAGAGGCGGUUCAGGCGGUAGGGGUGGUCAUUUCAAUCGAGGUGGUCGAGGUGGCCGCGGCCGCGGAAGGGGUAGAGGAGGACGAGGAUAAUGGUUUCAUCACUUUAACAGCACGUUGAAUACGUUAGAUGAGUUAUGUUCUUGCCAAGCCAUUGCAUGAAUACCUAGCUACUGCCUGGAUGCAGGACGGAUGAGGUUUCGUGACUAAUUAUAUCUGGUAGCCUAAUAUGAAUCCACCGAACUCAAUGUGAAGCGGGUUGAUGUAUGCUUGCUGUGUAUUCGAGGCCAGAUGCCGAUC